AUGACUUCCGCUCAAAUCGAUACCUCCAUCAUCAAGCCUCUUCGCAGAAGACUGCCUAGGCUAGUACAAAAGAGUCUCAUCACCACACCAAGAGAGGCCGAACCCAAGCUAUAUCUUCGCUUCAAGCUCAAGAAGAAGACCUACAAGCAAAAGCAGCAAUUGAAGAAAAGUUACAAUUUCACAAAGCACAACCAAAUCCCCUCAAACCCAUGCUACAAUGCACAAGUAACACAGCUGCUGUUACCACAAGAGACCCCUGCCACCAAGGAGAAGCUCUACAUUCGCAUUCCAUUAGAAAGAAUGCUUAGACUUAGUCAAUUGAAGCAACAAAAGGCUUCCCAGACAAGGUCUACAAUGACAAACACAAGACUCAGACGUCCCAGAUCAAUCAGCACUUGA